AUGAGUGAGCAUGAGGAGCACGGCCGGCAGCCAGGUGGUGCGGCUGCGGCCCAAGCCCGCGGGAGCCUCUCGGACUUCUUUGUGAGGGAAGCGUUGCUUGCAGACCACAACGUAGGAAUCGCCUGUCCAUGUCCGGACCUCCUCUCGGAGGAGACAAGGCCAGAGAAGGCUCCUCACUGCAGCUUCCGCAAGAGGAAGGAUACGGUGGUCCACCAAAGAGCAUUCAUGGGAGAGAAACCGUACAUCUGCAUUGAGUGCGGGCAAAGCUUCAACCGCAGCUCAGACCUCAUCCGCCACCAGCGGAUCCACACCGGGGAGAAGCCAUACGUGUGCGCUGACUGCGGGAAGAGCUUCAGCCGCCGCUCCCACCUCAUCCAGCACCAGCGUGUCCACACGGGUGAGCGGCCGUACCAGUGCAAGGACUGCGGGAAGAGCUUCAGCCAGAGCACUCACCUGGUGCAGCACCAGCGCAACCACACCGGUGAGAGGCCUUAUGUGUGUGCCAAGUGUGGGAGGAACUUCUAUCAGAACUCGGGCCUGCUCCGCCACGCCAACUUCCACACAGGCGAGAAGCCCUACAAAUGCCCCCAGUGUGGGAAGCGCUUCAGUGACAGCUCCAACCUCAUUGCCCACCAGCGUCUGCACACUGGGGAGAAGCCCCACAAGUGUGCUGACUGCAACAAAUGCUUCAGCGAAAGCUCCAAGCUGGUCAUCCACCGUCGCAUCCACACUGGCGAGAAGCCUUACUUGUGCCCUGACUGCGGGAAGAGUUUCAGCCAGCGCUCCCACCUUGUCCAACACCGUCGCACUCACACUGGGGAGAAGCCCUACAAAUGCGUCGAGUGUGGGACCUGUUUCAGUGACAACUCUACCCUCAUCCGUCACCGUCGCACCCACACUGGGGAGAAGCCUUUCAAGUGUUCCCAGUGUGGGAAGAGCUUCAGCCGCAACUCUUAUUUAGUCUCACACCAGCGAGUGCAUGUUUGGUAGGCAGUAUCACUAGGAGUGGUCUGUGGAUCUUCUGGGAUGCAGAUCCUGAUCCAGGCCUGUUCAAAAUGUGCCCAAGGGAGGAGAAGUAUAGAUGAGGUCACGUCUACACCAAGGGUACCAGGCU